AUGGGUGUCGAUCAACAUGCUCAAUUGGAUCGCUUCAGUCUCUUCCUUCCCUUCCCCUAUCGUGUGGCGGUAAUACUGCUGGCUGGUUUCUGGGGUUGGGGUGUUAAUCUGCAGUACCUCCUAAAGGCAAAUAUUGGAUGUCCCUUCCCUGAUUAA